AUGGCCCAGAUCAAGUCUAGGAGCAGCUCUGGCUGCUCCUCCAUCGGUCUCGGCGGCGGUGGAGGAAGCAAGCGCAAGGCCGAGUCACGUGUCGACGACUCAGACAGAUGUGCACGUGACACACGUGACCGGCCCGCAUCGUGGGUCGCUGCUUCGCCUCGAUCUAGUGAACCUCCAUCUUCAGCCACUUCAGGCACAACAGCAACGCUGACGCCGACCGAGUCCGCCUCCCCUUCUCCCACGACGAGUCCUGCUGCCCCUAGCACCUCGUCAACAUCAAUCCUGCUACUGGCUGAGGCUAUCCCACCGGACAACACCAGCAAUCGGUCCUUCACCAUGAAAACCGCCCGUCCCUAUCGCUCCCACAAAUAUCCGGCUUGUGCCCGUUGUCACAAACGUCGGUCUCGAUGCACCAUUGAAAUCCCCGGACAGGCAUGCUUACUGUGUCGUAUGCACGGUGUGCCUUGCUCUUCUGCCACAGCCAAGAAGGAUGACCGUGUCACUCCCAAGGUUGGCUUCGUCCAUCGUUCUCUGAUUGCCGGCGAUAAGUCUAUGGAAGGCUUUUCUCAUAUCGUCGGCCCGGUCAUCGCACGCGACACCCAAGUUCUGGACCAAUAUCUGCCCCAGUCAAAUGGCAUCCCGGGUCAUGUUCCUAUCCAGCCGAGCCUUGGGAGACGGGAGUCGCAGAAGGCAAUCUAUCAUGUACCUAUUCCCCCCAGGAGACCCAGCCCGGCAGACUGUAAUUGCACCAGGAAUAUGCCGAGUGAAUUGCUUGAACAAGUCGACCCUUUUCUGGAUAAAUUGUUAGCCAACUAUUACGAACAUUUUCACCCCUGUUAUCCAGUGACCGAGGAAGAAUGUGUCAUGUCGCGCCUCAAGGACAGAAGUCAGCUACCCCAGACAUUCCUCAUCAACAUAAUAGCCUAUGCGCUGUUUUAUUGGGAUGCGUCACCUGCAUUGGCGGGCUAUGCCAGACCUGAUCAGGAUUUUGCCUGGCAAACGGCAGUCGCGGCAAAUAUCGCCGACAUGCAAAAGGGCGACUUGGCUACCAUCAUAUCAACUUGCAUCGACAUCUCCGGGCGACCGUCGCGGUGUCUGGUAAAGAAUGUAGCAGAAGUUGCUCGGGCUGUCGCCCUGUCGCAUGCCAUCGGCCUGAAUCACGACUGUAGCGAGUGGAAGAUAAGUGACACUGAAAAGAAAAUCCGAUGGAAGGCUUGGUGGGGAGUGGUCAUACAGGAUAGGUGGUUCAAUUUCGCUCAGGGGACACCACCCUAUAUCUCGAAGGGCCAUUAUGAUGUUCCCCUUCCGACGGUUGAGCUGCUCACUCAAGGUAGAGGAGGUUCUGUUAAACAUGUCCGCGCAGCCGAAGUUUACAUCCAUCUAUGUCGGUUGACGGAAAUCGUCGGAGAUGUCCUUCCACUUAUCUAUCAUAUACGGUCAGGAAACGACAGCAUUGCCGCUGAGCAAACCUCGAGAUCAGAAAUUGAGCUCAACCGUUGGAUGGAAAGCCGUCCGAGUUGGCUGAAUUUGAACGAUUUCAACAAUCGGCCCCAAGUGCCGGGCUUGGUUAACCUGCAGCUUUCGUAUCUCUCCGUGCGCAUGCUUCUCCGACGCAUAGCGUGGCACGAGAUCAGCCAACGAGAGAGCGAUCCUGCCUCGUCAUGGCUGCUCGGCUGCCAGGCAGCUGCAGAGGAUAUUGUUCGAUUUGUCUGUUCAUUACACAAGCAAGACUUGAUGGGCUUCUGGUUGCCCUACAAUGCUCAUCAUUUCACUUCUGCAGUGACACUACUUCUCCGGUGCGCGCUUCAGACAAGUUACUCGAAUGUCCGGACACAGUGCAUGGGAAGCGCCCGAACACUCGUUGACUGCCUGAGGAAAUACCAAGAGGAGCAUCAAUGGGAUCUUGCAGAGACGGCACUCUCACAAAGCGAGACUGUGCUGAAACGCAUCGAAGACUCGCUACCCAAAACGCCGAUUGCCGGGACGCCCAACUUGCCCACUGUAUCGAUGCGCGCCGAACCAACUGACACCCGCGGCUAUAUGGAUGAGCACAUGCUUGGUGAUCCGCUGCCGGAAGAUGUUUUCACCAUGCAAGGCCAAGGGUCGAUUGAGGAAUUGUUCCCUGAGAUCUUCUCAGAUUUUACGGACACUGCCUUGUUCGCUAGCUCGAUUCAUAGUGAAUACCACGAUUAA